CAUCCAGACCACAACCACCUAGUACUCCCCCAGAACCAUCAUAGUACCUUGGAAAUCUCAUGUAAGUUCAAUUCAAUAUAUCUGAUGAUCAGAUGCUAAUUAUAUACUAGGAGCCUUUGUUAGUAACUAUGAUCACCCGAUUCAUCACGGAAGUCUCAACAGUCUUCAAUCCCUUCUCUCCCAAAGCUAAAACUGCACGAUUGUUUCUCUCGGUUCUCCCACCAAAUGCACGACAGACCAUGAAGAUUGAUACAAAGAUCCUACCGAGAGCAUCUAAAGAGCCGAGUCUUGUACGCUUGAAGUUCAGUAUGUCUUCGACGAAGUCGAACUUUUAUUCAUAAAUUCUAACUAUGGUUUACAGAGGACGGAAAAGAGAUGAAUUUGGACGCAGAAAAGCUCGGUAUUAGGGGUGUAUCCGACGAGGUGGAUAGGCAUUCACGCAUAUUGGCGAGGCAGGAGGAAUUGACAGGGAACUGAUGGUAUAAUGCUGGAAUAUAUAUUUAUUGCAUGUGGGAAGCGUUUUGAGGCCGUAUGAUUAAUGACAAUACCAUACUUUCAAUCAGUACGGCAUGUCUAUGGAGUGAACAAGAUAUACGUGUUGUAGGAUCUUCAAUGUCCUCCAAUUCGUGUCGGUUUUCUCCGUGGUGGGUUACUCGGGCCUCGGGCUAGGCGGAAUCACAAGUCAGGGAGUGCUGAAGCAUUCAAGGCUUGGUACGGGCGCAAUGUUGGGACGCUAUACGCGGUCAUCGCACCUAAG